ACACAACGUGGGCGGAUAAAUUAGUCUUAUUUUUGGGUUGAAGAGUAGAAGCAUAAUGAGGACUUACUACCGUUAGGCCUUUCUAUUCAUUCUUAUUUUGGGAUCAAACGGUUUGCCUCACCAUCUUACCGGUAUUUUGAAAAAUGAGCCUUGCCCCCUACGCAGCUGCGACAACCCAACUCUCUCCACCUCCCAAGCCACCAACCAUUGUCCCACAUCCAAAUCAACCUUCCUUCCCUAACCUCAGUGGCACCAAAACAAAAGACUAUCACCCCCUCAAACAUUCUAACACGCCCAUUGACCCCACUGUCUUAUGGACCUCCUCCAUAGCUCGCAACUGCCGAAAUGGCAGACUAGCCGAAGCUGUUGCGGAAUUCGUCCGCAUGAGGAUGGCCGAGGUCGAACCCAAUCACAUUACAUUCUUAACUCUUCUUUCGGGUUGUGCUGAUUUUCCGGCAGAAGCGGCUUGUCUUGGAGCUUCAGUUCAUGCGUGUGUGUGUAAAUUGGGCCUGGUUGUAGACAAUGUCAUGGUGGGCACGGCCCUUGUUGACAUGUACUCGAAAUGUAGUCGUGUGGAUCUUGCACAAUUGGUGUUUGAUGACAUGCGCGUGAAGAAUUUGGUUUCUUGGAACACAAUGAUUGAUGGGUGUAUGAGAAAUGGGAGAAUUGAGGAUGCAAUUAUAUUGUUUGCUGAAAUGCCGCAGAGGAACACAAUUUCUUGGACUGCUUUGAUUGGUGGAUUUGUGAAGAAAGGUCAGUUUGAGCAUGCGCUGGAAUGGUUUCACGAAAUGCAGCUAUCAGGUGUGGAGCCCGAUUAUGUGACCAUCAUCUCUAUACUUGCUGCAUGUGCCCAUUUGGGAACGCUUGGUUUAGGCUUGUGGCUACAUCGUUUUAUUCUGCAGAAGGACUUUAGGGACAACAUUCGGAUAAUGAACUCAUUAAUAGACAUGUAUUCUCGAUGUGGAUGUAUUGAGUUGGCUCAUCAAGUCUUUGACAGAAUGUCCACACGAAGCUUGGUCUCAUGGAACUCGAUCAUUGUGGGAUUUGCAGCUAAUGGGUAUGCAGAGGAGGCUCUAGAAUUCUUUGAUAUGAUGCAGAGAGAGGGGUUCAAGCCAAAUGAAGUCAGUUUUACGGGAGCUCUUACUGCUUGUAGCCAUGCUGGGUUAGUUGAUAAAGGGCUGUGGCUCUUCAAUAUCAUGAAAAAAAUCCAUAAAAUCUGCCCUAGAAUUGAGCACUACGGAUGCAUGGCUGAUCUUUAUAGUCGUGCAGGUAGGUUGGAAGACGCAUUGCACAUAAUUAAAAGCAUGCCUAUGAAGCCUAAUGAAGUUGCACUAGGGUCAUUAUUGGCAGCAUGUAGAACUCAUGGGGAUGUUGGCUUGGCAGAAAAGCUAAUGAGUCACCUUGUUGAGUUAGACCCGGGGGUUGACUCAAAUUAUGUGCUCCUGUCAAAUAUUUAUGCAGCAGUUGGAAGGUGGCAUGGCGCAAGCAAGGUUAGGAACACAAUGAAGGCUCUUGGGAUACAAAAGAAACCAGGGUUGAGUUCAAUUGAGAUUGAUUGUUGCAUUCAUGAUUUUCUUGCCUGUGAUAAGUCCCAUGAUGACACUGAACAAAUUUAUGCAAUGCUAAAACAAUUGUCCCUUGAACUGAGGAUAUGUGGGUAUGUUCCUGGAACCACUGUAUAUGAAUCAUAUGGACAUGACUGAAACUUGUUAUCAAAGAAAACACAACUUGAAAAAAAGAGAAAAGAAUAUAUUUCGAAGUCACUUGUCCGGUAAAAA